AUGCCCUCUGCUUCAUACUUGAUUUACUCGGGGAUAUUGCCUCUAAUCAAAACGUACAUCACCAUUGCUGCCGGCUAUGCUGUCGCACGAAUGGGCCUCUUUCCUCCCGCCGCUUCGCGCGGAGCCUCGCAAGUCACGAUGAACAUGGCACUUCCUGCGCUGCUCUUCGCGAACGUUGUCCCCGCUUUCACCUCCUCGAACAUCGCUGCCAUUGGUCCCCUCUUCCUCAUCGCCUUCACCUACCAGGCCAUUGGCUUCAUCUCUGGUCUGGCUAUCCGCGAGUUCUGUUAUGUGCCACGAAACUUUUGGCAGGGGAUCAUUGUGCUGUGCGGGAUGAGCAACUGGGGAAACCUUCCUACUGCCGUGGUUCUCUCAAUCACGCAACAAGCACCAUUCGACCCUAGCGUCGACGAGUCUCUCGGCGUCUCUUACGUCGCAAUCUUCAUCGUGGCCUAUCACAUCGUCUUCUGGAUGCUCGGUGCCGCACACUCGCUCUCAUGGGACUACAAGCCCGAUGUCCCGCAGGGCGAGGCCGCCGAGGUACGAGUCUCGUGGAAGGAGAAGCCAUUCGGCCGCCUCAUCUGCACGCACAUCCUCCACGCGCCUGUGCCCGACUCGUUCGCGCGACCCCACCCUGGUCCGUGCAAGGACGAGGAGGCGCUCGUGGAUGACGAGAAGAUGGGCAAGGGCGUCGAGUUCUCCAUCCCGCCCAUCGACGGCCCCAGCACAUCCGCGCUCGACGUUGCCCAGGCGGACACGCCCGCGGCCCACCCCGACCCGGACGUACAGCUCGCCCGGCGCACAUCGCGCCUCUCCACCACGCCUUCCGUAGUCGCGCACCGGCGCGGCUCGCUUCCCACCUCCGUGCAUCCCGGAGCACCCCUGCCCCCGGUCCCACCCCCGACCCCCGCGCACUCUACACACUCGCUGCCGCUGCACAAGGACGACGCGGACGCGCACAGCACGACCGCGACGCUGAGCGGGGGCCUGCUCCCGCAGAGACUCGUGCGCGUGUUCCGCCCGCUGAGCGCGAUCAUCACCCCAGUCACGAUCACGCUCGCGAUCUCGCUCCCCAUCGCGCUCGUCCCGACCCUGAAGGCCCUCUUCGUCGACAUCUCCGACGAAGGUGGGCCCGUGUUCAAAGGCCCGGACGGGAGGCCUCCGCUUGCGUUCUUGAUCGAUACCGGCUCGUUUUUGGGCGGGAUCACUGUCCCGCUCGCGCUUGUUCUCCUUGGGGCGAGCUUUGCGAACAUCACGAUCCCACGUCCGCUCUCGCGGUUGCCACUCGCGGCGAUGUUCUUCAGCACGUUCGCGAAGAUGGUCAUGCUCCCCGUCAUCGGCGUGUUCCUUGUACAGGCGUUCACGAACUCGGGGCUCGUCGACCGGAAGGCGAUUGCGCUACGAUUCGUCAUGAUGUUUUUGAGCGGCACGCCCACGGCUGUGAACCAACUGAUUGUGUCGUCACUAUACGCACCGGAAGGGAAGGUAGACACGCUCUCGGUGUGUGUAGUUUCAAGUCGAUGA